ACUGACAUAUGUCAUGAUAAGGAGCCAGGAGCAUUCAAAAGGUAUUCUGUCAUUUGUGUAAGGUCAGGUCGGUAAUUUGUGGUGAACGUGUUACGGUGUGGCUCUUGGAAAUAACUUCACUGAUAUGGCCGAUGAAAUAAAAGAAGUCAAUGAAAAUGGAGUAGAAACUCCGGUUAAAUCUGCUAAACAGCUUGCUAAGGAGGCAGCGAAGCAAGCCAAGUUAGACAAAUUAAAGCAAAAGUUGGAGAAGAAGCAAAACGUAGUCCCAAAGAAGGAAGAGAAAAAGGAAAAGAAAAAAGAAACUAAAGAAGUUGCUUCUUAUAACAUCCCUACUCCGGAAGGUGAAAAAAAAGAUAUUAUCAAUCCUUUACCUGAUGCCUACAGUCCCAAAUAUGUGGAAGCUGCUUGGUAUAGUUGGUGGCAAAAACAGCAGUUCUUCAAACCAGAAUAUGGACGUAAAUCACUCCUGGAGACAAAUCCUAAGGGAAAUUUCACGAUAGUUAUCCCACCACCCAAUGUCACCGGUUCAUUACAUUUGGGACAUGCUCUUACAAAUGCUAUUCAAGAUUCAAUUGUCAGGUGGCAUCGGAUGAAGGGUGAAACUACUUUGUGGAAUCCAGGUUGUGAUCAUGCCGGAAUUGCAACACAGGUUGUAGUAGAAAAAAAACUGUGGAGAGAAGAGAAAAAAUCCCGGCAUGAUAUUGGACGAGAUGAAUUUGUUCGGAAAGUGUGGCAGUGGAAGGACGAAAAGGGUGUGAGGAUAUAUCAUCAACUUAAGAAAAUGGGUUCAUCGUAUGACUGGGAUAGAACAGCCUUCACCAUGGAUCCUAAAAUGUGUAAAGCUGUUACAGAAGCGUUUGUGAGACUGCACGACGAUGGAACUAUUUACAGAUUCAAUCGGUUGGUAAAUUGGUCCUGCACUUUGAAGUCGGCAAUAUCGGAUAUUGAGGUAGACAAAAUGGAAAUUCCUGGUCGAACAUUUUUGUCGGUUCCUGGAUACGAAGAAAAAGUAGAAUUUGGUGUUUUGGUACAUUUUGCUUACCAAGUUGAAAACUCAAAUGAAAAGGUAAUAGUAGCAACGACCCGUGUAGAAACAAUGCUGGGUGAUACGGCUAUCGCAGUCCAUCCUGAUGAUGAUCGCUUUCGUCACCUUCAUGGAAAAUUUGUGACACACCCAUUUUGUAAUAGAAAACUUCCCAUAGUGGCAGAUGACUUUGUAGAACUCGGUUUUGGUACUGGAGCUGUGAAAAUCACUCCAGCUCAUGAUCCGAAUGAUUAUGAAGUUGGAAAGAGGCACAAUUUACAGUUCAUUACAAUUUUUGACGAUGAAGGUAAUAUUUCUGGAGAUUACGGGAAAUUUACCGGAAUGAAGAGGUUUCAUGCUAGAAAGGAAAUAGUUGAAGAGUUGAAGAGAAUAGGGAUGUAUAUUGAAACUACGAAUAACCCGAUGGUCGUACCUAUUUGCAGCCGCAGUAAAGAUAUUGUAGAACCGAUGCUCAAACCCCAAUGGUAUAUCAAAUGCGGAGAAAUGGCAUCAGAAGCAGUAAAAGCGGUUGAGUCUGGUGAUCUGAGAAUCAUUCCAGAAAUGCAUGUGAAAACCUGGCACCACUGGAUGGAAGGUAUACGAGAUUGGUGCAUUUCCCGCCAACUGUGGUGGGGACACAGAAUUCCAGCUUAUUUUGUGACCUUCAGAAGUAAACCAAAUGAAAAGUUGGCUGCCAAAUCGGAAGAUAGCGAAUAUUGGAUAUCUGGAAGAACAUAUGAAGAAGCUCUCGAAAAGGCUGCGAAAAAAUUUGGUGUGGGUAGAGAUGAACUUAUUCUCAAGCAAGACGAGGAUGUGUUAGAUACCUGGUUUUCAUCCGGACUAUUCCCGUUUUCGAUAUUUGGCUGGCCAGAUGAAACUGAUGACCUCAAAGUAUUUUAUCCAACCUCUCUACUUGAAACUGGUCACGACAUCUUGUUCUUCUGGGUGGCUCGAAUGGUCUUUUUGGGACAAAAAUUGCUGGGAAAACUACCUUUCAAAGAAGUUUAUUUGCAUCCAAUCGUUCGUGACGCGCACGGAAGGAAAAUGAGCAAGUCUCUCGGAAAUGUGAUAGAUCCGAUGGAUGUGAUUCAUGGAAUAACUUUAGAAGACCUUCAUAAACAGCUUCUGGACAGCAAUUUGGAUCCCAAAGAAGUAGAGAAGGCCGUAGAAGGUCAAAAGCAGGACUUUCCUGACGGCAUUCCGGAGUGUGGUACUGAUGCCCUUCGAUUUGGCCUCUGCGCAAUGUGUUCGGGACGGGAUAUCAACCUUGAUAUCCUUCGAGUUCAGGGGUACAGAUUUUUCUGUAAUAAAAUUUGGAAUGCCACUAGAUUUGCAUUGACUUAUCUGAGUAGUGAUUUCGAAGCUCCGGCCGACAACAGAUUGAUUGGCAACGAAAAUUUGACGGAUCUCUGGAUGCUCAGUCGAUUAGCUAGUGCUAUACAGGCAGCUAACAGAGGCUUCAGUGUAUAUGAUUUUUCUCUAGUCACAACUGCCAUAUACAAUGUCUGGUUGUAUGAACUUUGUGAUGUUUAUCUGGAAUGUCUCAAACCAGUUUUUGCUGGUGAUGAUGAAGAAGCUAAGAAAACGGCUCAAAUUACACUCUACAGGGCCCUUGAAGUUGGCUUGCGUUUACUGUCUCCUUUUAUGCCUUUCAUCACGGAGGAACUGUACCAAAGGUUGCCUAGAUCGAAAGAAGCUGUUAAGGAAUUUCCAAGCAUAUGCGUAGCACCGUACCCAGAUUUGAAAGAAUGCAGAUGGAGAAACGAAGAUAUUGAGGAUGAGGUGGAGUUCAUCCAGAAGCUUGUGAAGAGUAUAAGAUCUGCGAGAAGUGACUAUAAUAUUCCAAAUAAAACUAAAACAGAAGCUUUUAUUCAGUGCAGCGAUGAAGCAACUGCUGACAUUGUAAUCAAUUACAGUCCAAUGCUGGAAACCUUGGCUUACUGUUCAAAGAUCGCUGUUAAUGAACCUGCUCCUGACGGUUGCACUAUCCUAACCGUUUCUGAUAAAUGUGAAGUUAAUUUACUUCUCAAGGGCUUGAUAGAUCCUGUUAAAGAAACAACAAAAAUUCAAAAGAAAUUGGAGCUGUUGCAAGCAACGAAGGAGAAAUUGAGGAAAGCCAUCGAUGCUCCGGACUACGAAUUGAAAGUACCUUUAGAAGUUAGACAGACAAAUGAAGUAAAGUUGUCCCAGACCAGUAUAGAACUGUCACGAUUAGAAACAGCCCUGCAAGCUUUGAAACUAAUGUAAACUUUUUGGUAUUUUUUAUAAGUUGUUAUUUUUAGCACAAUUUUAUUUAUUUCGUAAGUAAGAUACUGUUAGGUCUGUUUUUUCUUCACUCAGCAUAUAUCUAACGUUAUAGGCAUUUACCAUUUUAUACCGAAGAUUGACUACAGUAUUUAUGACAACAUUGAAUAUUCUGCAGUACCAACAAUUUUGUAGUGCUUUUCUAUGAUGAAUAAAGUCUCACAUUUAGA